GACAGUGGCCACGUCUGCUACGAGUCUACCCAGAGCGCGACGCUGCUAUUCACCAACACGGAUUCAAGAUGAGACUUGCUCUCUUCAGCUUGCUUUUUGCUGCGCUCUUCGGUUUGCUGGUUUCCGCAGAGGCGCCUGAACCUCCCAGCGACCUCGAGAUCCAAACGACUCUUAUGCCACCGGACUGCCCAGUGAAGGCAACUAAUGGCGAUAUACUGAAGGUGCACUACACUGGAAAGCUACUCUCGAACGGUAACAAGUUCGACUCGAGCUAUGACCGUAAGAAGCCGUUCUCCGUGACCUUGGGCAGAGGCCAGGUCAUCAAGGGCUGGGAGCGCGGGCUCCAAGGAAUGUGCGAAGGGGAGAGGCGCACGCUCAUCAUCCCCGCGCACCUCGCCUAUGGAAACCGCGCCAUGGGCGCAGCGAUUCCCGCCAACUCUGCACUCGAGUUCGAUGUCGAGCUCAUCGAGCUGGAUGCUCGAGGCAAACGCGAUGAGCUGUAGAAUCGAAUUCCCUCAUAAGCGAUUGCCCACGACCGUGAACAGGUGAAAUGCUAUCUCUGCCGGUCAAUUCUCUUGGCUGGAAGAAGUCAGUUCACUUAAGCACACCGUGAACACUCGAACUUCAGAUACAUUCAGUCAACAUGUCAACGUUCAACACUUGACGUUACGAUUUCAGAUUCGACGGCAACAUUGCCCGAUCCCAACGCACACAUCUCCCGAUUGGCGAUGAAUGAAUGACUCGUUGGAUAGUAAUGAAAUACAAAUCUAAGCCAAGUCUGU